AUGAGCAACAGAUCACACGUUACUCGCUUGCCUGUUGAAGGCAUGACUUGUCAUUCAUGUGUGCGUGCUAUCACGAAUGCUUUAUCUCUUUUGAAUGGUGUUGAACAAGUACAAGUCAACCUCGAAACAUCAGAAGCAAUUAUCACUUAUGAUGCUUUGAUGAUAAACUACAUUGAUCUCAAAAAUAACAUUGAAGACUGUGGAUUUGACGUACCUAUUUCAACAACCACUCUAUCUGUGUUUGGCAUGACUUGUCAAUCUUGUGUGAGAUCAAUUACAAAUGCCCUUUUAGCUGUCCAUGGUAUUGUCAAUGUAGAUGUCAAUUUAGAAAUAGAAAACGCAACUAUUGUCUACGACCCCUUGUUAGUGCAAGUGCCAGAUAUUGUAGAAACGAUCGAAAACUGUGGAUUUGACGUAGUCAUGAACGAUACAGCACGUAGCAAUCAAGCCAGCAGCUCGAGUAGAACACCCAUAGAAAAAACAUCUUACGAUCAUUAUACAACGGUACAAUUACAAGUUCGGGGAAUGACUUGCGCAUCUUGUGUAACAAGUAUAGAGAAGGUCCUCAAGUCUCACCAAGGCAUUUCUCAAGUCAAUGUUGCCUUAUUGGCUGAACGAGCUACUGUAAAUUACGAUCCUCUGGUGGUUGAUCCCGAAACCAUUGUCCAGAUAAUUCAGGAUGCUGGUUUUAAUGCCACUAUGGUAGAACCCAAACAAGACGACUUGCUCCAUUUACAAGUGUAUGGUAUGACCUGUUCAAGUUGUGUGGCAAGCAUUGAGCGUGGAUUGAGACAGUCGCCUGGUAUUUUAGAAGUCUCAGUCAACCUCAUGACAGAAACAGCCAAGGUUCGCUUCAAUGUCCAUGCUACCAGUCCUCGUACGAUUGUGGAAACCAUUGAAUCUCUUGGGUUCAAUGCCAUCUUGGCCGCAACGACCAAAGACGCUCAACUAGAAAGUCUAUCCAAAGUCCGUGAGAUUCAAGAAUGGAAGUCUACACUUAUUGAAUGUUUAUUUUUUGCUGUGCCUGAAUUCUUUCUUGCUAUGGUUUUGCCUAUGUUCAGCUGGAGUCAUUAUGUGACUGAGAUCCCUAUUUUCUUGCCUGGUCUCUACCUGAUGCAGAUCACACAACUGCUGUUGACACUACCUGUUCAGUUUGGUGUUGGUCAGCGAUUUUUACGAUCUGCUCUUGUGUCUAUUCUACACGGUGCUCCUACCAUGGAUGUCUUGGUUGCUGUCUCUACUUUGGCUGCAUUCAGUUUCUCGAUCGUGUCUAUGGGCCGUGGUAUUGUGUCUCAAUCAUCCUCACCGCCUACUGUGUUUUUCGAUACAUCGACCAUGUUGAUCACGUUUAUUGUCUUGGGUCGCUACCUUGAAAACAAAGCCAAAGGUAAAUCUUCUUCUGCUCUCUCUAAACUUAUGUCGUUGACUCCCUCGACUGCCUUGAUGGUGACACUGGAUGAAAACUAUGUCGUGUUGACCGAGAAGAAGAUUCCUUCUGAACUGAUUGCUGAAGGCGAUUUACUCAAAGUGGUUCCUGGCGAUAAAAUCCCUGCAGACGGUCAAGUCUAUGUCGGUUCUACUACCGUGAAUGAAAGCAUGGUGACAGGUGAAGUGGAUGCUGUGUCUAAGCAAGUAGGUGAUACAGUGAUCGGUGGUACUGUCAAUGGACUCGGUACUUUUAUUAUGAAGGCAACGCGUGUGGGCUCUGAUACAGCGCUAAGUCAAAUCGUGAAACUGGUCGAAGAUGCUCAGGUCAGCAAAGCACCAAUUCAAGGAUUUGCUGACCAUGUGGCUGGUUACUUUGUUCCUACGGUGAUUGUCCUUGGCCUCAGCACCUUGAUGGUAUGGACUGUUUUGAUUAAAACGGUAGGCAUAGAGAACUUGCCUACGUCUUUACAGAAGGACAUUGAUAAUAGUGGCGAAGGAGGUUGGUUCUUUGUGUGUCUGAAGCUCUGUAUCAGUGUGAUUAUUGUUGCUUGUCCCUGUGCUCUUGGGUUGGCUACGCCUACUGCUGUCAUGGUAGGUACAGGUGUAGGUGCUGAAAACGGUGUGCUCUUUAAAGGCGGUGCUGUGUUAGAAAACGGUCAAGCAGUCAACAAGAUUGUGUUUGAUAAGACGGGUACAUUGACAUGUGGUAAACUGGACAUGGUAGAAGCUACUACUUGGAAAAAAGAUAAGACGGUUUGCUUACAGAUGUUGAUCAUGGCUGCUCUUGCAGAGUCACACAGUGAGCAUAUCUUGGGUCGUGCCAUGGUAGCUAAAGGCAAGUCAUUGACAGGCCUUGAUGUGUUGGAUCCUUUAGCUUCUGUUGUCAAUUUCAAUAGUGAGACUGGUUUUGGUAUCUCUUGUGAUAUUGUAUUUGGCCAUACUUUGCCCAACGACUUGACUUCUUCUGCAAGACAGGCUCUUGACCCUCUUUUGAACACGUCACAUACGAUUGUGGUCGGUAACAAGAAAUGGUUAGAAGAGUACAAUGCUAUUGGCCUCUCGGAUGAACAAGAUGAUGUCUACAAGUCUCAAGGUGCUCUUGGCCGUACGUGUGUUCUGGUCGGCAUGGAUGGUGUUGCCUCUGGUUUUAUUUCUUUAUCUGAUCUCGUAAAACCUGAAGCCAAACAAGUAAUUACUACUUUACAUGCCAUGGGUAUCCAAACUGCCAUGGUUACAGGUGAUAAUGAGUUAACAGCACGGUGCAUUGCAGAUCAACUCGGUAUCCAAGAAGUCCAUGCAGGUGUUUCUCCUAGUGGCAAGACUCAGAUAGUGAAGACCAUGCAAGAACAAUCCUUUGUCACUCAACGUCCUUCUUGGUGGUCUCGCUUCCGAUUCACUCAAAACGAAUACCUUCCUCUUCAUCAAGAAAGUACAUCUAAAGGCAACAAGACUGUGGUUGCCAUGGUGGGUGAUGGCAUCAAUGAUUCUCCUGCUUUGGUGGCUGCUAAUUUGGGCAUUGCUUUAUGCAGUGGUACAGAUAUUGCCAUGGAAGCUGCUGAUGUGGUCUUGAUGCGUAAUGAUUUGACCGAUGUCGUGGUUGCUCUGGACUUGUCCAAGGUGAUUUUUCAACGUAUACGAAUGAACCUGCUUUGGGCUUGUGUGUAUAAUAUGGUUGGUAUUCCUCUUGCCAUGGGUAUCUUUUUGCCUUGGGGAUAUCGUCUGCAUCCUAUGAUGGCUGGUUUGGCUAUGGCUGCUAGUUCAACCAGUGUUGUUCUCAGCAGUUUGACCUUGAGAUGGACUUGGAAGAAACCAGUGCUGGUGAGCACAAACAAGACAGUGAAUCCAAUGCAUGAAGAUAUUGAAAUGAAUUUACACUCUACAUCUUUUGAUGAACGUAACGGUCUUUUGAAUGACUAUUAA